AUGUCCCUGAUCCACGCUUCGGCCGCAGCGUUGGCCCUAUUGGGUACCAUCCACAGAGGGGUCACUGUUGGCGCUCGGGACUUGAGCCCUAACACUGGCUGCAGCACUUUUAGAGUGAUGUCAAGUGCUCCCUGCAGCCUGCGGGAUUUGGAACUUGCAUCGGUAGUCAUACUUAGGGCUCGGUGGCCCUGA